GAGCUAUUGUUUUACUCUUUCCAUUAUACCCUACUUUGUGUUACUGCCUCUCGUGACAGCCCGUGACCUACACUCCUUCAGAAUUCAGGUACCGGGGGCCAGGAAGACCCAGGAUGGGCUUGUGUCUGUCACACCGAUCACUGCAGGAGUCGUGAGGUGCCCUGUGUGUCACCAGCUUGCCUUGGGCCCCUGGCCACUUACUGUGUCGUUGCCUGUCAUCGGCCUCUACCAUCCGUGCAGAGCGACAUUGGAGUUUUGAAGAGGAAGCAGUUCCUCCUCGCCGCGGGCACCGGGCUCUCGCUGCACCGCUGGGAGCGCAUCGUGAUUGCCCGCCACAUGCCUCCUCCCAGAGCGAAGGACGGCAGGGAUGACAGAGGCCGACCCUGCGACCCCCGUGAGGAGGAGGCCCCUGGGAAGUGGGACUGGAACUGCCCGGAGACCCGCCGCCUCUUCGAGGACGCCUUCUUCCGCGAUGAGGACUAUAUCCGCCGGGGCUCUGAGGAGUGCGAGAAGUUCUGGACCUUCUUCGAACGCCUACAGAGAUUCCAGAACCUCAGGAGCCCCGGGAAGGGGGACAGGGACCCCGGGCGGCCCAAGCACAGCAUCCCGGCGCUGGCCGGCCUGCCCCGCACUUACGACCCCUGUCACCGCAUCAACCUCUCGGUCCUGGGCCCCGACACUUGGGGCCCCCGGGGGCUGGGCAGGCCGCCCCCGGGGAGGGUGGCCGAGUUCCGCCAAGCCCUGCAGCACUACCUGGACUUCGGCCAGAGGCAGGCGUUUGGGCGAUUGGCCAGGCUGCAGCAGGAGCGGGCGGCCCUCCCCAUCGCCCGGUACGGGGCCCGCGUCCUGCAGGCCCUGAAGGAGCACCAGGUGGUGGUGGUGGCGGGGGACACGGGCUGCGGCAAGUCCACCCAGGUGCCGCAGUACCUGCUGGCCGCGGGCUUCAGCCACGUGGCGUGCACCCAGCCCCGGCGCAUCGCCUGCAUCUCCCUGGCCAAGCGCGUCAGCUUCGAGAGCCUCAGUCAGUACGGUGCGCGGGUCGGCUACCAGAUCCGCUUUGAGAGCACGCGGACGGCGGCCACCAAGGUCGUGUUCCUGACGGUGGGGCUCCUCCUGAGGCAGAUCCAGCGGGAGCCCAGCCUGCCCCAAUACCAGGUCCUGAUCGUGGACGAGGUCCACGAGCGCCACCUGCACAACGACUUCCUCCUGGGUGUCCUGCGGCGCCUGCUGCCCCAGCGGCCCGACCUCAAGGUCGUCCUCAUGUCGGCCACCAUCAACAUCUCGCUCUUCUCCAGCUACUUUGACGGGGCGCCCGUGGUGCAGGUGCCGGGGAGGCUGUUCCCCAUCACGGUCGUGUACCAGCCACAGGAGGCCGAGCCGCCGGCGUCCAAGUCGGAGAAGCUGGACCCUCGGCCUUUCCUGAGGGUGCUGGAGGCCAUCGACAAGAAGUACCCGCCCGAGGAGCGGGGCGACCUCCUCGUCUUCCUCAGCGGCAUGGCCGAGAUCAGCGCGGUGCUCGAGGCGGCCCAGGCCUACGCCCGCCACACCCAGCGCUGGGUGGUGCUGCCGCUGCACAGCGCCCUCUCCGUGGCCGACCAGGACAAGGUGUUCGAUGUGGCCCCCCCUGGAGUCCGGAAAUGCAUCCUCUCCACCAACAUCGCCGAGACCUCAGUCACCAUCGAUGGGAUCCGCUUCGUAGUAGAUUCUGGGAAGGUGAAGGAGAUGGGCUAUGACCCUCAGGCCAAGCUGCAGCGGCUGCAAGAGUUCUGGAUCAGCCAGGCCAGCGCCGAGCAGCGCAAGGGCCGGGCCGGCCGCACGGGCCCCGGCGUCUGCUUCCGCCUCUACGCCGAAUCGGACUACGAUGCCUUCGCCCCCUACCCUGUCCCCGAGAUCCGGAGGGUGGCUUUGGACUCGCUGGUGCUGCAGAUGAAGAGCAUGAGCGUGGGGGACCCGCGAACCUUCCCCUUCAUCGAGCCCCCACCACCAGCCAGCCUGGAAACGGCCAUCCUCUACCUCCGGGACCAGGGGGCGCUGGACAGCUCAGAGGCCCUCACCCCUAUCGGCUCUCUGCUGGCGCAGCUUCCCGUGGAUGUCGUGAUCGGGAAGAUGCUGAUCCUCGGCUCCGUGUUCCACCUGGUGGAGCCCGUGCUCACCGUCGCGGCCGCCCUCAGUGUCCAGUCGCCCUUCACCCGCAGCGCCCAGGGCAAGCCUGAUAGCGCGGCGGCGCGGCGGCCCCUGGAUAGUGACCACGGCGACCCCUUCACGCUCUUCAACGUCUUCAAUGCCUGGGUGCAGGUGAAAUCCAAACGGAGCAGGAGCUCCCGCAAGUGGUGCCGUCAUCGGGGCAUAGAGGAGCAUCGACUGUACGAGAUGGCCAACGUGCGGCGCCAGUUCAAGGAGCUGCUGGAGGACCACGGGCUGCUGGCCAGGGCCCGCGCCCCACAGCCGGGGGACAGCCACAGCCGGCUGCAGCAGCGCCGCGAGCGCCGGGCCCUGUACCAGCUGAAGCGCCAGCACGAGGAGGGUGGGGGCCGAGGGCGCAAGGUGCUGCGGCUGCAGGAUGACCCGGGCGGCUGCUCCAGCGAAGAGGACCCGGGCGCCGGCGACAGCGUGGACAUCCAGGACGUCAAGUUCAAGCUGCGACACAGCCUGGAUCAGCUGCAGGCAGCCGCCACCGCGGCCCAGGACCUGACGCGGGACCAGGUGGCCCUGCUCAAGCUGGUGCUGGGCCGGGGCCUCUACCCCCAGCUGGCCGUGCCGGACCCGUUCAACAGCAGCCGCAAGGACUCGGACCAGAUUUUCCACACCCAGUCCAAGCAGGGCACCGUGCCGCACCCCACUUCCAUCUUUGCCAGCAGCCCCGAGGUACUGCAUGUCCAGGAGCAAGAGGCCGGGGGCACCGAAGGGAGCCGAGGUAACAAGGACAAGAUGAGCAGCAGGCACCAGCUCCUCACCUUCGUCUCCCUGCUGGAGACCAACAAGGCCUACCUGGUGAACUGCGUCCGCAUCCCAGCUCUCCAGUCCCUCCUGCUGUUCAGCCGGUCCCUGGACACCAACGGGGACUGCUCGCGCCUGGUGGCCGACGGCUGGCUGGAGCUGCAGCUUGAGGACAGUGAGAGCGCGGUCCGGCUCCUGGCGGCUUCCGUGCGGCUCCGUGCCCGCUGGGAAAGUGCCCUGGACCGGCAGCUGGCGCGUCAGGCCCGGCGGCGGCCCGAGGUGGACCAAGAAGAGGAGGAGGAUCCAGGCACCCGCAAGGAGGUGGCCGACCUGAGCCGGGAGCUGCUGAAGUUCACGGCGUCCAAGGCUGCUGGUGGCAAGCUGGGCAGGGGGCCAAGUCCCACCGCAGCCUUCCUGCCCCAGAGCGACACGGACCUGUACAGCGACUGUCUCCGCACCUUCUGGACCUGCCCCCACUGCGGCCUGCACGCGCCACUGACGCCCUUGGAGCGCAUCUCGCACGAGAACACUUGCCCCGAGGCCCCGCAGGACGGCCCCCCAGGGGCUGAGGAGGCCGCCCCCACACCGCUCCGGAAGGCCUCCGUCCUGCAGAAGCCCUACCACUGCGAGGCCUGCGGGAAGGACUUCCUGUUCACACCCACGGAGCUGCUGCGACACCGGAGGCAGCACGUGUGAGCCCAGCUGAUGGGACGGGACCGGGAGUCCCGCCCAAGCCCGCUGCCUGCAUCCGGAGCUGUAAGGUCCAGCCCAGCCCGAGCCGAGGGGUGCAGAGUGAAUAAAUCUGUGCUGACUCUGACCCUUGAGCCUUCCCCUGCCCAUCUGGGAAGUGACAGCGGCCCCUUGUCCUCCCUGAGGGGCAGCUCUCGUGCCUCCCGCUGCCUAGGGCCAUCCAGGGCAUCCUGGGGCAGGUGGAGGCAGGUGAGACCAAGCAGGGACUCAGGA